AUGUGCAGUCUAGCGCCCUUUCAAGGACUAACAAUCGCCCAGACUGAUCGAAUGUCGUCAUCAGUACGAAUUCGCGAUAAUCAACGGCGUUCGCGUGCACGACGCAAAGAAUAUAUCCAAGAUCUUGAGCAACGCCUGAGGAAAUUUGAGACUGAAGGGAUUCAGGCUACGCGAGAGGUUCAAGAAGCGGGGCGAAAGGUGGCUGUAGAGAAUCGUCUUCUCCGCUCACUGCUCAUACUGAACGAUGUUUCUGAUCAGACAGUUCAAGAAUACUUAAGAGCACACACAGCUGACAUUUCUCUUCCCACCUCGCGCUCGGAAGCUGUGCUACUGGCACGGUCGCACCUGGGGCAAUCUCCCAGGUCAAAUACAGUGGAUUCCGGGGAGCGGAUACCAUCAAACUAUGGACGCAACGAUUCGUCGCCCGAGAGAACAGUUACGGAGCCUUCUUUAUCAACCUCGAGUUCGAGCCCAGUUCCUCAUCCACGUUUGGCUGUACCCGACACCCAAAUUUCCGACAGGGAUCCGUUAGACUCUCCCACUCCAGGUACUUCAACGUUACUACCACCCAGCGGGCACCAGGAAUCAGGACAAUCAGGACAAUAUACCUCGUGUGAAACUGCAGCCGGAAUCAUUUCAUCUAUGCGAAGCUACCCCAACAUGCAAGAUGUGCGGUCGGAACUAGGAUGUCAGUCCAGCUCCAGCUGCAUGGUAAAAAACAUGGACAUCUUCCAGCUGCUAAAUGAAUGA